GCUCGACGGUCGAUCCCAUCACUGUAUGCGGCGCUUCGCGUGCAGCACGUUGCCGGCCAUGUAAAGCCGACACGGUCCGCCAUUGAGAUUGAGGUGGGCGGACUGCGACUGGAGCCGCUGGCGGAAUCGGUCGGCAGCGUCGAAGUUUCUGAAGGUCCGUGUGAAGACGACUUCGGUGUUCUUGUGACGCUACACAUAGCCAAAGCACAGUCGUCUGUCCACACCAUCCCCCUCUGCUGCUCCUUAUCGUGUGUUGUGGAAUGGCUGGCGGACCUUCAGCUCUGUGGACGAAACGACCAGGUCCAUGACGUUCAUGUAGAACUCAUCAAAAUGGGCAUCGCCAUCCAAGUUGCCUGUCACAGACACAGACGCGCACACACACACGUAAUAUGUCUGCCACUGUAAGGCGCUCCACCAAUGUGACAUCUGUGCCUCCCCCUCAUCCUUACCACGAAUCUUCAU